UUCUGCGCUCCUCUCUCGCCCACGCUCCAUGCUCGUACCCAUCGCUUACCACUUAGCUUGCGACUGUGCAGGCGCGUGUUGACGGACUACGAACCUUGUUAAUGAAACGACAUGGAUUAUAUGUUUCUAACUGUGGAAAAAUGACGGAAGCCUUAUCAGCAAGCAGUGGGACCAUGUUGUCGUAGUGUUAACGCUCCACCAGACAGCCUCUUGAAAGACUCGUUUUCCUCCCUUCGCCGGUGAGGGACCAACAGUGCUCUCCCUGGGGCCCGGACCUCUCCCAGCCACCAUGGAGCUUCGGGGCUUCCUUCUCUAUUUCGUUCUGUUGGCGACGCUGCUAGUGGCUCCCUCCCGCGCGGUGCUCAAGUCCUAUUUCUAUCGCUUCGGUGAGGACGCCGGAGACACGCCCCUGCCAGACGAGGACGAAAUCUCCUCCCCGGAAACAAGACUGAGAGUUCCCAUCGUCUUCUUCGGCCAGAUAUACGAUUCGAUAUUCAUCAACAGCAACGGUUUCAUCUCCUUCCUGACGGAGAUCCCAAACUUCUUCAACGUCCAGUUCCCUCUCGAGUACCCGAUCAUCGCUCCGUUCUACUCAGACGUGGACGCGAGGGAGGCGGGGGCAAUAUGGUACAGAGAGACGUCAGAUCCAGGUACAGUGGCUCGAGCUAAGGCGGAGGUAAGACAGCACUUCAGCGACGCCGCAGCCUUCGAGCCAAAAGGUGUCUUCAUCGUGACAUGGGACGGUGUUGGGCCCUACAACCAGCGCACGGACAGGAUCAACACGUACCAGCUCAUCUUGGUUACUGACGGCCAGGAGUCUUACGCGCUCUUCCACUACGCUGACGGCGGCAUCCAGUGGCUCAAGGGCGACGGCAAGAACCCGAGCCUGGCUGAUGCCCGGGGCCAGGCCGGCCUGGUGUCUGGGGACGGCAGGUACUUCCUGCUGAAGGGCUCCGGCACCGACCAAGUGAGAAGCCUUGACAAAUGGAGUAACUGUGGCAACCCAGGAGUCUGGAUGUUCCGCAUUGGACAGCUGAGUCUGAGCGAGACUGUGCAGCCUCCAGAUUUGGAUGUGGACGAAAGCACGAAUCAGGACGCAGACCUGAUCCAGUCCUGUGCCUUGGGCGGCUCCUUGUGUCACUCCAAAGCUAAAUGCAUCGACUACACUCCAGGGUUCUGCUGCAGUUGUGAAGAGGACUAUCUGGGGAAUGGCAUUAACUGUGUUCCUAAAGGGGAACCCAUUCGAAUAAAUGGCAAGGUAAUUGGAGAUAUCAAUGGAGUAACACUAACUGAUGCGGAUCUCCAUUCUUAUGUGCUGACUUCCGAGGGUCGCAGCUACACGGCGCUCUCAAGAAUUCCUUCACAGAUUGGCUAUGACCUGCAAAGCAUCACUGCCAUUGGCACCGGCAUUGCUUGGCUUUUUGCAUCACCAGUAAAUAAUGUGAAAAAUGGCUUUUCCUUAACAGGCGGCAGCUUGAACCGCACAGUGGAGGUGGACUUUCCUCAGACUGGCCAUCGAGUUGAGGUGCAGCAACAGUUUAAGGGACUUGAUGUCUUCAACUAUGUUAAGGUGAAGACUCAAAUCACUGGCUCUGUCCCAACAAUCCCUGUCGGCUCAAAGAUUGAAAUGAAUGCAUUCAGUGAAGAAUAUACCAAAGUCAAGCCUGGUCAACUAAGGGCAAGGUCUAGUCGAGUAUUUCGACUGAAAGGGCAAAGUAUUGACACUCCAUUUACUGUAGAGACAACUAUAGACUUUGAUGAUUGUGAAUGGAGGGCCCUGGAUGUUGGAGAACAAGAGACUCUAAGACUCAAGGUUCCAGAAAACAUCUUCAUCCAGUAUGAUUCUGCAGAGGAGAUUGUUCGUUAUGCUCUCUCGGCAAAGUUGGCUCCUCUCGAGGAGAUCGACCCCUGUGUCGAGGGACGGCAAGAGUGUGGAGAAAAUAGUCAAUGUGUCGUUGAUGGUGACACAUUCAGGUGUGUAUGUGCACGGGGUUAUGAGGAGCUGUAUGAUGCCACACUAAACAAAGGAAUCUGUUUGGACCUGAAUGAAUGCAGCACCAGCCGGCACUCCUGCCACACCAAUGCCAUCUGUACCAAUACUCCGGGCAGCUUCACUUGCACAUGUAAGCCAGACUUCACUGGAGAUGGGUUCAACUGUGAAAAGGUUGGAAGUUGCGAUGGCAUCCCGUGCGAUCCCAAUGCCUUGUGUGAGCGGCGCUAUGGCGAGACCAAGUGUGUGUGUCGUCCUGGCUUCUUUGGAGAUGGCCUCAUCUGCACCAGAGAGAUUGAGGUAUCAUCGGUGCAGCAGCAGAGUUCCUGUGUGGAUUAUGAUGUUUGCGGUCGCUUUGCUGAGUGCGUCUAUGAUGACUCUGUUCGCAGCUUUCGAUGUGAAUGUCUUCCGGGUUACAGUGGAGAUGGACAAACAUGUCAGUCAGUUGGUCCUGAGACUUGUGAAACUGCCAGAAACUGCUCCCCAUAUGGGGUGUGUAUAAUAGUUGGGGAUGAGUACAGGUGUCAGUGCAUGCCUGGCUUCACAGGGGAUGGCUAUUCAUGUGAAGUGGCUGACUCAGUGACCACUGUUUACCAACCAGAGGAGCCCAAACAACCAUAUUAUCCUGAGGAACCCCAACAACCAUAUUAUCCCGAGGAACCCCAACAACCAUAUAAUCCCGAGGAACCCCAACAACCAUAUAAUCCCGAGGAACCCCAACAACCAUAUAAUCCCGAGGAACCCCAACAACCAUAUAAUCCCGAGGAACCCCAACAACCAUAUUAUCCCGAGGAACCCCAACAACCAUAUUAUCCCGAGGAACCCCAACAACCAUAUUAUCCCGAGGAACCCCAACAACCAUAUUAUCCCGAGGAACCCCAACAACCAUAUAAUCCCGAGGAACCCCAACAACCAUAUUAUCCCGAGGAACCCCAACAACCAUAUCCCCAGGAGCCCCAACAACCAUAUCCCCAGGAGCCUGAACAGCCACACCAGAUUGAGGAGUCACACCCAACUGAACAGUCACACCAUGCAGAGAGUUCUAAACCACAACUCCCUAAAAUUUUGGAACCUGAAUGUGUUUUUGGUGUGUGUUGGUGCCCUUCAAACUACGGCCACAAUCCUCAGCACAAUCAUUGUGAACUCAUAGAUGCAUCAUCAUCAUCUGCAAAUGGAGGACAAGAGAUCCCUGAACCAUACUGUGGCGCUGCUAAGUGUGUCUGUACAAAAGGCUACCAGUAUGAUGCUGCUGGACAUGCUUGUAUUCCUCAGGUAACUGAAGAAGAAUCAGAGGUGCAUGAAGUGGCUCGGCCGCUGCCCGAGUGUUUCCACGGCAGGUGUUCAUGCCCUCGAGGCUAUUCAUACGACUACACCCAAAAUGCCUGUUUGUCCAGCAACACUCCAGGCUACAACUACAAUAUUCAAGGAGGAGGUCACGAACAAACUGCUUCCUGCCAUGAUGUCAACAACUGCCACCCCAAUGCUCAGUGUAUGUAUGACAGCUACAUCCAGAGCUACUCAUGUCGGUGUAAUGCUGGGUAUGAUGGGGAUGGAAUCUACUGCAAUAAGCUGGAUGUGUCAUGUGAUCGUGUGGACAUUUGCCACAUUCACGCUCAGUGCAUCUUUGAUGACCAGACCCUUCAGCAUGUAUGUGUGUGCUUAGCAGGCUACCAAGGUGAUGGUCAAGUGUGCACUCCACAGGAUGAAUGCAACAGUGUAGUAGACUGUGAUGUGAAUGCACAGUGCUUAUAUGACAGCUCCAGCCAACGCUACAAGUGUUCCUGUAAUGAGGGUUACGAAGGAGAUGGUCGCCUCUGCACUCCAAGGAGAGAGGCGGGCUGCAACAUCAUCAACAAUUGUGAUCCCAAUGCAGACUGCAUCUAUGACACAUAUGCUCUAGGUUAUCGCUGCCAGUGCCUGGAUGGGUACCAGGGUGAUGGCCUUUUCUGCUCCCCUGUUCAGAUUGGCUGUAACAUUCUUCAAAACUGUGGGGAGAAUGCUGUAUGUUCCUACAAUGUGGAGGCCAAAGGAUAUCGCUGCAGUUGUCAGGAGGGCUUUGAGGGAGAUGGAUUCUUCUGCAAGUCUUCAAGAUCCUGCCAGUUUGACCCUACAGUGUGCCAUCCACAGGCCAUCUGUGUUUCAGAGCCACUGUCUCCUUAUGAAUAUAAAUGUCAGUGUCAGAAGGGCUUCACUGGUGAUGGACUAACUUGUCAAGAGGCAGCAAAUCACGAGAAGGACAUUCUGCUCCUCAAUCAGGGACUGGCUGUCCUGCGGAUGCCAGUUGAUCCACAAGGAGGGAGAAGUUAUAUCAUUCACUUUGAGGCAUUCAUGACAGCUGUAGGAGCGGAUAUAGACUGUUUGGCGGGCCGCUUCUACUGGACAGAUGUGAGAUCAUCCUCUAUCCGAUCAUCCAAGUAUGAUGGCACUGAACGCCGACCAAUGGUCACCCAAGGUAACAUCGGAUUUCCUGAGGAUAUAGCAGUUGACUGGGUAUCUAAAAACAUCUACUGGACAGACUCAUCAAAUGAUGUUGUGUCUGUAGCUUCUAUUGAGGAUGGAAAGCAACUUACAGUCAUUAAAGAUGGACUCGUCAACCCUCGAGGCAUUGCUGUCCAUCCCGGAUAUGGGUUACUCUUUUGGAGUGACUGGAAUAGACUCGCUCCAAAGAUUGAAGCUUCCGAUUUAGAUGGAUCAAAUCGCCGAGUGAUAGUGGAUGAAGAUAUUUCAUUGCCCAACUCUUUGGUUGUGGAUUAUGAAACCAACACACUCUGCUGGGCUGAUGCUGGAACUAACAAAAUAGAAUGUGUUGGCGUGCAGGGCAGUGGCCGCAGAGUGGUGACAACAGGACCACGUUAUCCAUUUGGUCUCACCAUAUCGGGCCAAAACUUCUAUUACACUGACUGGAAUGACACGAAGAUCCACACAGUUGAUCGAUAUUCUGGUGCUGAGUCUCCUGCUCGAGUCCCACCUCCCGGGGGCUCCGGCAAGUUGUAUGGGAUAUCAGCAGUGCCUGAGUCUUGUCCUCCAGUAUCCAAUGCAUGUGCUGUGGAUGACGGCGGGUGUCCCUCCACUCACUUGUGUCUGCCAAACAGUCGGGGCGGCCGCACCUGUGCCUGCCCCGACCCUGCCAGCCAAGAUGAGGUCACCUCGUGCCAGACAUACACCUACUGAACAUCAACACUCUGAAAUAAAGCUGUAGUUAAUUCAUCAUAGCAUUUACUGAAGCAAUAAAACUGCAUAUUUUCUCAGUAUCUAACCCUGCUAAGGCCCCAGGAAAAUAUUUUUCUAUCAUUUUGUAUUGCUAAUAAUAUAGCUUAUGAAUUACAACUGAUACUUUGGUAAUUUCUGAGGUUUGUAACCAGCAGUAGUUUCAUUAGAAAUACCACUGUGCACCUGUCGAUACUGUUGAAAUGAAAAGUUCAGUAUCCAUGGGAUACUUGUUGGAAGUACGUAAGAUAUAUAUGAAUAUUUUUACCUAUACAGUAUAAGCUGCAAUACAGGAGCACAGCUGAGUGAUGCCCCAAAAUCAUUUAGAUCCAAUUAAGUAGAACCUCAAGGCCAUGGAAUUUUGAAAAUGUAAAGUUAAUUUAAUGCCACUCUUAGAUUUGUACAUUAGAUAGGAUAAACAUAGUAAUGUAUAAUUUUAUGUAUUGUCUUGUGUUGUUUUGUUUUCUUCAUGUAAUAGUUAAUUUAUAUGUUAGUAUUUCUCCCUGACUGUAGAUGGGACUGAAAAGACAAAGGAAUAAAAAUUAUAAAUAAG